UAAACACACAAGGGAUUUUAGAUCCCAAAAUGUCCAAGGAGUCUGGUGAUUUGGGUAUAUCCGUAAGCUACAGCGAGUUAGAGGCUAUAGACCAGGAUGAUAUUAUCCUGCUUAUAGAUGUGGACUCCGCUAUAAAUAUCUCCAAAGAAUGUGUCACAGACAAAUCGGCAAAUCCUGUGGAUGUCUUGUCCCUGUGGUUCAGUAAGCUAUUAAGGGCGUACAUUAAUAAAUCUGUGUGCUGCGUCAGAGCGGCUAAGGAAAUGUGCAAAUGGUUUAAAAUUGAAAUGGACUCUGGUGUUGAAAUUCACAAAGCCCAUAUAAAACUGCUUAAAGAUGCGCUUGCCUUUAUAACCAUAUCUAGAAGUCAUUUGUUGACAGCAGGCGAACGUUUGAUUCAUAUCUUGGCCUACCUUUUAUUUUCAUUAAUUGAAUUUUUUCUGGGAGGAAGUGACAGUAGUGAACAUCACCUCGUUGUAGAUCUUCAGAUUGCUGUGCUUUCACUGGUAAAAGAGAUUACCACUGGAUCAGAAAAGGUUCACCCGCUCCUCACACCCUUGAUGCAGAAGAUAAUGUAUGUCGGCGAUAUUGAAAGAAAGAAUAUUAAGGAUGUAAUGAUACUCGUAAAGACUAGCGAGACGUUAACUUACAUCAGCUUGCACUACAUGUCUUACGUUAAUUUCAAGGAUGAACAAAUACCCGAAUGGCUAAAAGAAACUAUAUCGUAUUUAUGUGAAAUGAUUCACGGUUACUUGGAGGAUCUUUUUAAUAAGGGAAAACUAACUGUUACCAUGGAUAGUUUGGAAGAUUAUUUGAAAAUUGUACAAAGUUACUACUUAAUGUUGCUUCAGAUUUUCAAUAAUAAUAUGACACAAAUUAACGAUGAUGUCGCUACUUGCAUCAUGGAUUUAAUUAUGUGUGAGGAAACGAAGCUUUCAAAUUAUUCCGACAACCAUGUUCAUCAACUUAUAUCUACAUAUGUGAGUCCCUACGAAAUGGAUCUUUUUAAACUGGUUUACUCAUUUGACGAAUGUCAAAAGUACUUAACCAUAAGUAUGCAGUAUACACCAGAAUUCGAUUACUUCGACGUUUGCAUAGAUUUUAUAACUGCUGUAUCUGCAGACAACUCAGCUUUCCUUCCGAAUACUUGUCAAACAAUGCAGAAAAUUUUUGAGUAUUUGUUUAAAGAUGCAACCAACUUUAUCCAUGCUGAACGCUACGAAAGAGUACUGAAUGCCUAUGCAUGCUUCUUAUAUUUGGUGCCUGACAAAGAUAUACAUAGAUAUUUCUGCGCCGGCUUGUUUCUAAAGGAUAUCAUUUCAUCGCAAGUGUGUGCGGAUAUACUUAUGUUGUGCUUUCACUUGAAAGAGGUUAAUAAGUGUUGGACUGACAAAGCCAUACAGCAAGCUGCAGUUUUUUGGAAUAAGUGCAAUAAUUCCUAUGCCAUGUUUUCUACAAAUAUCAGCCAAUUGCAUGUGCAAAGAUUUCUAAAGUAUUUUCACCGUCUGGGAAAGCAAGGACUUCCGGCCAUGAGCACCCAAAACUUUCGUCACCUAUCUGCGGUAGCAAAAGCAAACGCGCAAUUAGGAAGUAAACUAUUGGAACGUUUAGAUCACAUCUCUGUUGCAGUGCCUACGAAAGUCGAGAUCUACUAUGAAAUGGCGGCUCUUCUAGAACUGUUAGUGCAGCAGAAUCAAACUGACUGCUCCCAGUGGUUUCAGAGGACAUCAGAUAUGGUCAAGAAACUUCUAAGCAUUGGCAAGAGUUCAAUUUUUACCAGUGCUUAUUUCAAGCUGCUUGCCUUUGGAAAUAAAUCUACUCAAUUGCUGAUAUUACGAGGAUUGGAUCCAACUACUGAUUGCACAAACUGGCAUCGACAGAAAUUCGUGGCAGCUUGUAAAUUCAGUGAUGAUGGUCAAUUAAAAGCGUUUAGUGCCCGCCACGUCAUUGGGUGUGAUGAGCUAUUGUAUAAGGCUUUGCAGCAGAAACUGGGAACUCUGGAUAAAGCAUCCAUUGAGGGUUUAGUAAAUGUAGCUAAAUCAAGCUACACGCGCCAGUCUGAACACAAUUGCCGAGGCUCUGGGCUAAAACGUAAGCGGAGUAUAAUGCGGCCUAAGGAAAUCCUACGUGAAAUCUAUGAAGGCACUCUUCAGUUAGGCCAGUGUAGUGAGGAUUUCGAUGCUUCCGAUUGGGAUCUUCAUAAAAAAGUGAUGUCAAAUUUAAGUAAAAUCGUUCCAGGAUCCAACUUUGUUUAGACAUAUAUCGCCCAAUGAAUUCCGAUAAUUAUGCAUUUAAAUAUCGCAGAGUUUUUUUUAAUAGAGAAUGCCUAAUAAAGACAAGGUGUGGAGUUAA